UCCGUCGCCCCUUGGCGUAGGCUUGGCUGUGUCUAAUCUAAUCGCAACCGAUUGCUCUGUCCCAGCAUAGAGUGGACGAGGGACAACAAAAAGUAAAUAAAAAUGGACGAGCACGAUUACCGGAGCGUGAUUAUCUACCAUGCCCGAAAUCGGUACUACUACACGAUGCAGCGUUCGGCGCUGGAGGCGAUGGCCAAGUACACGAACGAGGUGAGCUUCCGCUUCCUGAACGGGCUCGCCCUGAUACUGGACGGCUUCCGGCUGCAGGAGGGCAUCCGCGAGCUGAACCAGCUGCGCAGCGAGCCGGACCUCGGCAUGGCGGUGACGCUCUGCCUGAUGUACACGCACAAACGGUGCCACGUCGUGGACAAAGAGGAGCUGAUCAGCCUGGACGGGCAGCUGAAGGAGGAGCGCAAGCGGCUCACCGCCCAGUCGGCCUACUACGCCGCCCUGUUUCUGCACCUGAGCGGCAAAACGGAGAAGGCGAAGGAGUACGCGGACAAGGCACUGCGGCUGGCGCCGAACCACGCGGACAUGCUGUCGCUCAAGGGCUGGUGCGAGCUGCAGCUCGGCCGCACGACCAACCAAACGCUGGAGCUGUUCGGGCGGGCCCUCGAGCUGGGCGGCAAGCAGCUGGACGCGUACCUCGGCCAGGUGCGGUUCUACCAGCUGAACAACGAUUUCGAUGCGGCCACCGCGGUGCUGAACCAGGUGGCGGUCGGCUUCCCGACCAUCAUCAUACCGCUGGUGGAGAAGAUGAAGACGCACCUGGCGAACUGGCACUGGGAGCACACGGCCGAGCUGGCGAACCGCAUCCUGGUGGAGAAGCCGGCCAGCCUGGAAGCGCUCACGGUCAAGAUCAUGGUGCUGAUCGUGAAGGAGGGCAACUGUGGGGCGGGCGCCAGCGCCCUGCAGUACCUCGCCAGCUCGGUGGAGAAGAUCGAGCCCGGCAACGGGGAGCUGUUCCUGCAGCUCGGCCAGCUGUACUCGGUGGUGUGCGGGCGGGACGCGGGCGUGCUUGCGGAAACGUUCAAGCUGGUCGAGCGGGCGGUCAAGCUGAAGGGCUCGAACGCGGACUACCUGACCGAGCUGGGCUACCAGGCGAUCCUGCAGCGGCGGUACCGGGAGGCGGUGGCUCACUUCAAGACCGCCACCAAGGUGAACGACAGCUCGAUCCGCACGCUGUGCGGGCUGACCCUCUGCCAGCUGCUCGAGAGCGGCGUGUCGGACCAGGUGAAGCAGCAGCUCGAGUUCCUGGCCGAGAUACAGGGCCGCACGCCGAACCCGCUGCUGCUGUACAUGACCGCGAAGCUGCACGCGGACAGCGACCCGGCCAAGGCGACCGAGCUGCUGCUGGCCGCCUCGGAGGCGCACUUCAAAAACCUCAAAGCCGUCCCGUACGGUCCGGAGUAUCUGCGGCUGUUCAAUCCGGACUUUCUGCUGCAGCUGGUGCACGAGCUGCUGGCGCACUCGCCCGUCAAGGGCAUCCUGUCGGUGGACACGCAGCACGCCACGCCGGGCGAGCUGCAGCAGCAUCCGGUGCUGCUGCAGGCGGCCAACCUGCUCGAGUCGGUCGUGAAAGCCUGCCCGGGUCUGGUCGAGGCCGUCUAUCUGCUGGCGGUGGUGCAGCGGCUCGGCGGCGAGGUGGCGCUCGCGACCGCCACGCUGAACCGCAUCCUGCAGGAGCUCGAUCCGGGCUACUCGCACGCGCACCUGCUGCUGGCCGAGGUGCACAUCGAGCAGAAGCAGUACCAGCGGGCGGCCCAGAGCCUCGAGAUUUGCCUCAGCCACAGCUUCAAGGUGCGGGAGAACCCGAUGUACCAUCUGCUGUACGGCAUGAUACAGAAGCACCAGCAGCAGUACGAGGACGCGCUCAAGAGCUUCACUGCGGCGAUGGGACUGUGCGGCAUCAGUGCGACGGUCGGCGCCGGUGGCACGCCACUGAACGCUUCCACCACUGCGAAAGCUGCUGCUGGCCCUGACGGCCAGCAGCUCAACAUAGCGGAUCGGCUCACGCUCUACCUGGAGGUGAUUGAGACGCAGCAAAAGCUCAACCAGCACACGGAGGCGCUGAAGCUGCUCGAGCUGGUGUCGGCCGAAUUCGGCGGCACGUCCGAGGAGGGCCGGCUGGUGCUGGCGAUGGCGGACUUUUACCUGCAGCAGGGCAACCAGACCAAGGCGAUCGAGCUGCUGAAGCGCAUGCAACCGAACCAGCCGUACUACGUGCAGGCGAAAACGAAGAUGGCCUACAUCUAUCUGCACCAGCGCAAGGAUCGGCUCGCGUUUUCCCAGUGCUUCCGCGAGCUGGUCGCCAACUGUCCGAGCGCGUCGAGCUACCUGAUGCUGGGCGAUGCGUACAUGUCCAUCCAGGAGCCGGACGACGCGAUCAAGGCGUACCGGGAGGCGAUCCGGCAGAGCCCGCACGAUGCGCUGCUCGCGAGCAAGCUCGGCCGGGCGUACGUGCGCACACACCAGUACCAGAAGGCGAUCGCCUACUACCAGGAGGCGAUACUGCACCCGGAAAACUAUCCGCUCAAGCUCGAUCUGGCCGAGCUGUACCUGAAGCUGAAGCAGUACCAGAACGCCGAACAGACGCUGGCCGACGAGCUCAACAGUCGUGUCAGCGAUUCGGACGAGCUGUCGGCGUUGCAGGUGCGCACCAAGCAGUAUCUGCUGCUGGCCCGCAUCCGCGAAAAGGCCGGCCAGCUGAAUGCGUCGCUCCAGACGCUGAAGGAGGCGCGGGAAAACCAGCUGAAGGUGCAGCACCGGCUGCUGCUCGACCAGACGGCGGCCGGGCUGCCGGGCGAGCAGCACAAGAUGCUGGCCCGGAUCUGCGUGCUGAUGGCGGAGCAGUCGCAGGCGAUACGGGACAACGAGCAGAUGAUACAGCACUACCGGGAGGCGCUCAAGUACACGCCGAACGAUACCGGCGUGCUGGCGGCCCUCGCCCGCAUCUACAUGCAGCUGAACCGGAUGGACGAGUGUCAGGCCACGUGCGUCCAGAUCGUGCAGCUCGAUCCGAACAACGAGGUGGCGCUGGUGAUGAUGGCCGACCUGUCCUUCCGCCGGAUGGACUUUGAAAAUGCGGCCUACCACUUCUCGCAGCUGCUGCUCUACCAGCCCACCUACUGGACGGCGCUGGCCCGGCUGAUCGAGGUGCUGCGGCGCAGCGGCACGCUGGUCGAGGCGGCCACCUUUCUGCAGCGGGCCGAGGAGGAAGCGACCCGGUCGGACGGUGAGGCGGGCCUGAGCUACUGCAAGGGGCUGUGCGAGUGGUACCGCGGCAACCCGAACAGUGCGCUGCGCCUGUUCAACUACUGCCGGCGGAACGAGGAGUGGGGCCAGCAGGCGAUAUACAACAUGAUCGAGAUCUGUCUCAACCCGGACGGCGACCUGCCGACCGAAGGGUCCGUCAUCGACAUCGGGGCGGACGAUCUCGAGAUAAAGGAUUCGCGCGCGAUGGCACUGCGCACCGCCGAACGGCUGCUGAACGAGCUGAAGCCCCGGCCGGGCGUGCUGGACAACGAGGCGCUCAACCAUCGGCUGCUGGAAAACUUUCUGCUGGUCGCGUCCCGCCACAAGCACAACGUCGAGCAGGCGCUGCAAAACUUUACCGCCAUCGCGUCCCAGGACGAGUACAUCGGGGCGAUCUACGGCAUGGCGGUGACGCACGUCAUACUGAAGCAGGGCCAGCGGGCGAAGAACCAGCUCAAGCGGGUGGCGAAAAACGCGUGGACGUUCGAGGAGGCCGAGUAUCUGGAGAAGUGCUGGCUGCUGCUCGCCGACCUGUACAACCAGGCGGGCAAGUACGAGCUGGCGACCGAUCUGCUGAAGCGCGUGCUGCAGCACAACAAGUCGUGCAUGAAGGCGUACGAGCUGUGCGGUAUCGCGUUCGAGAAGGAGCAAAACUAUCGGGCCGCCGCACUGUACUACGACAGCGCGUGGCGGUACUGCGGCAAGUCGAAGCCGAACGUCGGCUACAAGCUGGCGUUCAACUACAUGAAGAACAAGCGGUACGCGGACGCGAUCGACAUCUGCCAGCAGGUGCUGAAGCUGCAUCCCGAGUACCCGUCGAUACGGAAAGACAUUUUGGAAAAGUGCCGCAACAAUCUGAAGGUGUGAAGGAGGGCAAACCCCACUGCUGGGCCACCACCUCAAGUAGUUGAUAUACACCGUAAAGGAUGGCAUGUAUACGUGAUUUCUAGCGAACCAGGGCAUUGGCAAACGUUGGCAGAGUGAAAGAUCAUUUUUAACAUUCCCAAAAUCGCACAAUCUCGCAAAUGAUGAAAUUUAUACACCCACCAAGUGCACUUCCAGUUUGGUACAUUGUGUAGCACACACUUUUAGGCAAUAAUAUUUAUUCACCUGCACAUGGCAGUUUUAAUCA